CUCAGUAAACCCGCAACAGACACCAUAAAACAUCUCACUCUCAGCGCAUCCUUGGGAAUCUUUUUUAAAGAGUCCAUUCUCAACCACCAGAAUGAGAACCGCUUUCCUCUCCGCCCUCUCCCUCCUCACCCUCAGCGCCGCAGCCUUCAAUGUCUCCGUCACCUUCCACGGCGCAACCGAGGACGAGUCUUACUCCCUCCUCUUUCCUACAGACACCACUGCUGUGCAGAUCGACAACCCCAUGAUCGUGUACAGCAUCUCCUCCCCGGGCGGCGGCUUCUGCACCUUUGUGGGGGUGGAGGGCGAGGAUGUGGUAAUAUUUGCCGAGGACGAGGAGGCUUUGACGACUCCGCAGGCGAUGAAGUGGGGUAGUUGUGAUAACAACUGAGAGCUAGCUGAACAGAGCCAGAACCGCCAGACGGUGCUUUUUUUCCCAGAUGACAGAUGCAGGAAUGGGUUGGUUGUUAUAGGCCCUCUUGAUUGUACAAGUCGUGGAGCGAGGAUGAGAAUUCACACUCCUUUGAUACAAACACUUUAUAGUAGCCAAG